UAUUGCUAUUUUCCAAGUGGCUUUAAACGUACGUGAGCGUCUGCGCGCUAUUCAAAAGCCAUUUAAACUGGAUUUCCAUGUUCCACAGAUUCAAAAGCGCGGUAGAAGGAAAGUAGCUGAAGCCUCUGACCAAAAUGAAAAUGUGGCAAUGGAUUUUUCUCUGUUGCAUGACACUGAUCGGGUUCACAGAUGCCAUCACAGUGGGCUCCGAUGUGGAAGCCAUGAAAGAGCUUAAAGAUUCAGUGAACCCAGGUUCGAUUCCCGCUGGCUCCUGUCUGAGUUCAUGGAAUUUCUCAGUAGAUCCCUGCGACACAGCAUUCCGUCAGUAUUUCACCUGCGGAAUCCGAUGUGCCGGAAGUCCAGCCAGAGUGACAGAAAUCACUCUGGAUGCCGCUGGUUAUAAUGGCAGCCUAACUCCGGGCAUCGCAAAAUUGGCCGCUCUGCAGAUUCUAGAUCUCUCCAACAACUUAUUUGCAGGGGAGAUUCCCUCCUCCUUUCAAAAUUUGUCGUCUCUUCAACGACUUCUGCUCUCUCACAACCGGUUUUCCGGUAACAUUCCUGAGUCGGUGGGGGGUUUACAAAGCCUGGAACAGUUAUCUCUCGAUAACAACAUCCUCCAGGGUUCGAUUCCCCGGGCGCUCGGUGGUUUGAAGAAACUAAUCAGACUGGAAUUGCAGGGCAACAGGCUGAGCGGCGAUUUCCCUGACCUAAGCGGAGCGCAAAGCCUCACUUUCUUGGACGCCAGUGAUAAUCUGCUCUCUGGUAACUUUCCGGCGAAUGCCCUUCCGCCGCCAUUAGUAGAGCUAAGCCUGAGAAAUAACCGGCUUUCCGGCACUCUGUGGCUAGAUUUGGCAAAGCUUGAGUUGCUUCAGGUUGUGGACCUCAGCAGCAACCAGCUUUCCGGCGAUUUGCAGUCAGGGUUUUUCAAUCACCCUUCGCUGCAACAGCUAACUCUGUCUCAUAAUGGAUUUACUUCCGUCCAGGUACCUGGAAAUUAUGGGACUAAUAGUGAACUUAUUGCUGUUGAUCUGAGCUUUAAUCAAAUACAGGGCCCUCUCCCAACUUUCAUGGCCACAAUGCCAAGGCUUUCUUCGCUUUCUCUGCAGUACAAUUAUUUUACAGGAACUAUACCCUUUCAGUACGCAAUGAAAGCCUCCUCGAGCUUGGCUGGUAAGGAGCCUCUGCUUCGCUUGUUUCUUUCCGGAAAUUAUCUUUUCGGCCAGAUUCCUGCCCCCUUCUUCCAUUUGUCGUCUGAUAAUGCACAGCUGAGCUUUGUGGACAACUGUCUGCUUGAUUGCCCUGCUGCUUUCCUCUUCUGUCAGGGCGGCAACCAGAAAACGCAGUCUACCUGCAGAUCUUUCACUCCAUUGGUUCCAUGAAACUGCUCUGUGAGCAGUGCUAAAUUGUGUUCUUGUGUUUGAGAGCAUUCAUCAUUGCUUCUGUAACUAUGUUUUGUGUUAGAGUAUACGUCAGUGCUUCUGUAACUAUGUUUUCGGGAAAAUUGCUUAAGUUAUCUUUGUGUUAUGUACAUAAUUGUUUGUUAUAUUGGGCAUUGCUCUAUUUUCAAUUUUUUUGAUAGAUUCAAGAAUUCUCAUGGAGAUUAGGCUGUCCUGCUUCUUUCUUCUUCUAUCAGGGCAGCAACAGAUCUGUCACUUCUCUGGUUCCUUGAAACUGCCCUGAAAGGUGUGUUAAAUUGUUUCAGUUGUGUUGGAGCAACAGUGGAGGGUUUAUUUUCCAUA